UGCUGGGCCAGAGGGCUUGUCACGUGGCAUAUGCUUGUCAUCGUCCCUUUGGUCUCAAACCAUGAACUACGUGGGGCACCUGGCUGAGAGCGUCUUUGUCAAGGUGAAGAAGCUGUACCAUGACCUGAACUCCGCCAACCUGUCGGGCAGCAUCGACGUGGUCGUGGUGAGGCAGCCCGACAACUCCUUCAAGUGCUCCCCGUUUCAUGUGCGCUUUGGGAAGCUGGGGGUGCUGCGCUCCAGGGAGAAGGUGGUUGACAUUGAAAUCAACGGAGAACCUGUGGACCUGCACAUGAAGCUGGGAGACAAUGGAGAGGCCUUCUUUGUCGAGGAGUUAGAGGAGCGUAAGGGCAGCGUCCCCUUCCUCCUGUGCACGUCCCCCAUCUGCAAGGAUCACUGCCUGAAGGAUGCUGUUCGACCCUCCCGUGGGCUGGAGGCCUCCAGCGCUGAAAUGAUCCUGCACAAGAGGAGGCGGCGCAAGAGAAGGCCCAGGAAGAAGGUGCUGUUGGACUCAGAUUCUGACAGCUGUGAUGAGACCAAAAAAGAGCUCUUUCUGGAGAGGAGGCUGCUGCUUGAGAGUAGCACAAGUUUCUUCUCUUUCCUCCUUUGCAGUGAUGCAUCACGCUCGUCCUUUGGUGAUCUCCUUGAAGUAACUGGGUCAUUGCAGUCCCAGGAGAUAUACCCGUACUCCGAUGGGGAGCUGCUCGAAGGGGACAGCUUCAUGCUGAGCCAUCGAUCUGCUCCCAAAAGUGAUUCUGAACUGGAGAUCAAACCACAGGAAAGCUUUUCUCUAGGGGUUGAAUCCCACAUGAAGUGGAUCUGGGGAAGGCUCCCUCAGGUGAAUAAAUUGGUGCAAGUUAAACCAGCCAUGUCCACAGAGAUCACUGCUGCUGCAACAACCACCAUCUCUGCGACACCGGUCCCAGUGGAUGAGGCAACCCCUCUUGCUACCACCUCUGAACAUCGAGGAAGGGAUUCAAGGCCAGAAGAACCUCAGGACAUGCCCCAUUCCUUGCCUGUGUCUGCAACUGAGCCAACACCUACACCCCAGGCUGGGAACAGCAUCUCCAGGCUGAAGGACGUCCUCCUUGCUAUCAGGGCAAAGAGAUUUUUGGGGGCCUACUCAGUCCCACAAGAGAAACAGAAUGUGAAUGUUGUGCCAGAGGUUCAGCCAGAUGUGGAGCACUUUGAGGGAGCCACUGCUCCAAGGCAGGUGGGCUCAGAAGGUCCCGUGUCCCAGCUGGAGAGGCAGAGGGGGCAAGGAUCCAUCAAAAGAAGUCCUCACUUGGGUCCCAGAGCCAUUUACCUGGAAGACUACUCCGAUCCGAACAAGAAGCCAGUGGCUCUCUAUUUGGCCGAGAGUGACCCAGAGCAGAGUUUGAGUCCUGUGACAGACCCCAGCAACCCUCUGUCUAUCCAGCAGCCAUCCACCUCGCCUGCCAACAGCCCCAUGGACUCUGACUCAAUGCCCACAGUUGCCCUGUCACUGUGCGGGGGCCUCAGGGGCAACAGGCAAAUCUCUCAUGAGAAGUUCAUGGAACACAUGGUCUCCUACCAGGAGUUUGCUGAGAAUCCAAGGCUCAUCAGUGACCCAAACCUGGUGAUCAUGAUCAACAAGAAGUAUUACAACUGGGCAGUGGCUGGUCCCAUAGUCCUGGCCCUGCAGGCUUUCCAGAGGAACAUUCCUGAGAACAUCAUUGAUGAAUUGGUGAAGGAGAAGAUGCCCAAGAAACACAGAAGAUUUUGGUUCUCCUGGAAGAGGAGAGAAUUCCCAACAGUGGGGCAGCAGCCGAGGCCAAGGAAAGCCAGCAUGGAAACACUGUUGCGUGACCUUGUUCAGCAGAGGCGGGAUGAAAAGGAGUCACCCAGUGACAGUGAGCCCCAGCACCCUAGGGACAUGUUGGCAGUGAAAGCUCCCGCUCAAAAACCUCUGCCAGUCUUCAAGAAAUCCCUGCGGCUCUCCUCCGAACAAAUUGGAAGGUUGAAUCUGCAGGAUGGCCCCAACGAGGUGGCAUUCAGCGUGACAACUCAGUACCAGGGUACGUGCCGCUGUGAGGCCACCAUCUACCUGUGGAACUGGAACGAAAAAGUGGUGAUCUCAGACAUCGAUGGCACCAUCACCAAAUCCGAUGCUCUUGGACACAUCUUGCCACAACUGGGUAAAGAUUGGACUCACCCUGGGAUUGUUAAACUCUUCCACAAAAUCCACCUGAAUGGCUACAAGUUCCUCUACUGCUCGGCCAGGGCUAUUGGCAUGGCCCACAUCACCAAAGGCUACCUCAGAUGGGUCAAUGAGCAGGGCUGUGGCCUCCCCAUGGGCCCCAUGCUGCUUUCCCCCAGUAGCGUCUUGUCUGCCUUCCACAGGGAGGUGAUUGAGAGGAACCCAGAGGUGUUCAAGGUCCCCUGCUUAACAGACAUCCGAAAACUGUUUGCUACAAAGUUUCCCUUCUACGCAGGCUUUGGGAACAGGCCCAAUGAUGUCUACGCUUACAAGCAAGUGGGGCUGCCAGAGAGCCGCAUAUUCACAGUAAACCCCAAAGGAGAGCUGAUCCAGGAGCUCUCAAAGAGCCAAAAGUCAACGUAUGAGCAGCUGUCGGAGCUGGUGGAGGUCUUCUUCCCUCCUGUGGGACGGAGGGGGAGGGCUGCUCUGGUGUCCCCAGAGUACAGCCGUGUUCCCCACUGGAGACGUCCACUGCCUGAUGAUGACUUGGAUGACUCCUCCUAACCCCAUCCCUGUGGAGACCUGACCCAGAGCUCUCCUGCAUGUUCUUUGCCAGGACUAAAUGCUCCAGGUGCACCUCACCCUCCCUGUUUGCUGCUUGGGCAUUUUGCACUUGUAAUAGAGGUCAUGACACCCCUUAGCAGGAAGCCAAAGGGGGUAAGAGGGAGUUCUGACUCUACAAAAACUCCAAUUGCUAAACA